AUGUCUGCGUACUCAUUGGCAGCUGGCCUCAUGCGAACACUUCCGGAACAUUUUAUGCAUUAUGAUGAAGACUUCGCUGAUAGUUAUGAUGUGAUCAUCAAAUUUCGCUCGGCAAAGAAGUUGCCGAAAAUGGAUAUGAUUGGCUAUGAUGAUCCAUAUUUUGUCGCCAAACUUAAUCACCGUAUGUCAUAUACAUCAGCAAUUUCACCAAACACUUCUGAACCCAUAUGGGAAAAUGAAGAAUGGAUUAUUCGGAAUAUCCCUCGGAACUCGAGCUUGACAAUUAAACUCUACAAUAAAGAUGAGAAGAAACUUGUUGACGGUUACAUCGGCCGAUUUGUUAUCCCCGAUAUUGUUCAGUACCAACCUCCUCAAAACGGUCACCAAAUUCUAGGUGCUCUCGGACAGCCCAGUGGGCGUUUCUUUCUAUCUAUUCAAUCGAUGGCGUCCUCAGAUGAAACAAAACGCCUGCCUCGUUACACUUUCGACGGGCCCUGCCGCUACUUCCGUCACGAUUCAUUUGCUGUCGGGCGACUUACAAUGCUCGACGCAGACUGUGUUUAUUCAACGUGGAAAAUACCUUUGGGGCGCAUUUCCGUUUUCUUUCCACCCUAUCAACGACAACAUUGGAAUACGCAAUACAAAGCAGCUCAGUUUAUCUUCAAUAGAUCUCCUUCGUCUGUUCUCUCCAAAAGCAGCAUCAAAUUCACACACAAAGCACUCUAUACGCGAACUGUCGAACACAGUGAAAACGGUAGGUUGAAUAGUGCUGAUGAUCUCUGGAAGCACGUCUUCGCGCACAAAACAACGAAACAAAUCAAACCAUGCAUUUACACCUAUAUCAUCGACAACUAUACGUGGAGAUUCAGUGAAACCGGUCGUCAAUUCUUCGCUGAUUUUGCAAGUAAACACGCGUUGCUAGCAAAUGGUAGUGAGUAUGUUCGGUAUGCAGGUGAAUUUCAUGUACGGCCAAGGAAAGGUUGGAAAAAUUGGGAUCCCUCUGAUGCGACUAACGAGAACUGGGAGAUUGUGUUUGAUAACGGAUCGGGAACAUAUGCGCCAAGCAGUGAUUUGUUGAAGAAUCUCAAAGAAUUAUUCUUAUUCAAUUUUCCUGGCUUGCAUGUAGCCACAUAUGACUUCAAAGAUCCUAGACUAAAAGAAAGCAUUGAGCAGUUGAAGUUAGAAAUGGAAAAAUAUAAAUUAAUCACCAAGAACAUUGGUCAACUUGUCAAUCAAUUUCGACCUACUGUUGCCGAUAAUCAACGUAAUAAGAAUUUAAAUAAAACAAUCUGA